CAUGCGAGUGCCCGCGGCAACAAAGAAAAACAAGAUAAUUGAGUUGUUGCUGCAGUUGAGCUCGAAGAGGUCGAAAACAUUUACUCUGUGUAGAAAUUUCCUAAAGUCCUCAGAAGCUAAAGGUUUUUAAAUAAAAUUCAAGAUGAGCUGUUUGAAACUUUUCGAUCUCUUCAAAGUUGCGAAUAAACUUCAUCCGGGCGCGAGGGCCAUCGCCUCGUUGGCGUCUCUCCCCGAAACACAUCAGAUGCUUUAUAAAACCGUGAGAGAUUUCAGCGAGGGCGAACUAAAGCCAAUAGCAGCAAAGCUGGACAAAGAGCACAGGUACCCAGUGGAGCAGGUGAAAAAAAUGGGUGAGCUGGGUCUGAUGGCGAUAUCAACCCCAGAAGACCUCGGCGGAACGGGCCUGGACUACCUGGCCUACGCCAUCGCCCUGGAGGAGAUCGCGAGAGGCUGUGCCUCCACCGGAGUGAUAAUGAGUGUCAACAACUCCCUGUACCUCGGGCCAAUCGAGAAGUUCGGGAGUCCCGAGCAGAAGGAGAAAUACAUGCGGCCUUUCACGGACGGUUCGAGGGUCGGCUGCUUCGCCCUGAGCGAGCCUGGCAACGGUUCCGACGCCGGGGCGGCCUCCACCACGGCCAAACUCGAGGGGGAGACAUUCAGGAUCAACGGCACAAAGUCCUGGAUCACGAAUGGCCACGAGGCAGAGGCGAUCGUUCUGUUCGCAACGACCGACAAAUCGAAGAAGCACAAGGGGAUCAGCGCUUUCCUGGUGGACUCGCCGACUCAGGGCCUCGAGGUCGGCAAGAAAGAGGACAAAAUGGGCAUCAGAGCCAGCAGCACGUGUCCCCUGAUGUUCGAGGAUGCCCUCAUACCCUCCAAAAACAUUCUCGGGGAGCCGGGGAUGGGCUUCAAGAUAGCCAUGAUGACCCUGGACGCUGGGAGAAUUGGAGUCGCCAGUCAGGCACUUGGCAUCGCUCAGGCUUCCCUGGAGUGCGCUGUCGAAUACGCGGCGAAACGCACGGCCUUUGGCAGCCCCAUCAACAAACUCCAGGCCAUUCAGCAGAAGAUCGCUGAUAUGGCCUUGAAAAUAGAGUCCGCGAGACUGCUCAUCUGGCGCGCAGCCUAUCUCAAGGAUAAUGGCAAAGCCUUCACCAAGGAGGCUGCUAUGGCCAAACUCAGCGCCUCGGAGGCAGCCACAUUUUGCUCACAUCAGGCUAUUCAGGUCCUGGGGGGCAUGGGCUAUGUCUCAGAUAUGCCCGCUGAACGGUACUACAGGGAUGCCAGGAUUACAGAGAUUUAUGAGGGGACUUCGGAGAUUCAGAGGCUGGUUAUCGCAGGCAGCAUCAUCAAGGAGUACAGUUGAUGAGGUUGCUGGCGGGGAGGGGCGUUUUAGAGAGUUUUUUGAGGGGAAUUUCUGAUUUUUUUAGGAAGAAUUAGCGCUUUCUCGCGGAAUUUUUGUUGUAUCACGAGGGAAAUUGAGUCAAUGGGUGUUGAUUUCUCUGAUCAAUCUAUUUUUCUGAGGUUUAUUCGCUGAGAAUUGCUGGACGUGAAGUCUUUCAUUCUUGCAUUUUGUGAUUAAAAUUUUUUUACAUGCAGCGAAAACACUUGGAAAUUGAGGGAAUCGAAAUCUAUUGAAUUUUUUGAUGUUUUUUAUAAUUUUGUUGAAUAAUUUGGAAAAACUCGAGUUCGAAGAGAUAGAAUAGAAUAUCCGAGAGAAAGCCCGGGGUUGCGAUGAUUUUUUUUCAUACGUGUUUUUUCUAAUUCAGUGACGAUGCGGUAAAAUAUCGAGCCCAUUUUUUUCCUCGAACCUCUUAUUACUGAGAUGAGCCUAUAAUUAACGGUUAAUGGAGGGAUUUUUAUUCCAAUUGAGUCAUUUUGCGAUUCAUUAUUUUUUCAGUCAUCUCGGUAAUGAGUAGUUUCAAGGCAAAAUGUCUAAAAACCCGUGUGAGAAAAUUUUUUCCUUUUGCUUGUGCACUCAACUCGAGAACUAGUCGUUCUUAGAACGACUUUAGACAGAAUAGAGACAAAACAGUGAAUACAGUAUUGAAGAUCAACACGAUCAAAUACCAAAAUCGGAACAAAAAGAUAAGUAUUUUUUACUUCGAAAAAUGAAAAACUGAAGUUACAGUCAACUGAAAAAAUCUGCAUCAUGACGUCAUAAUAUUUCGUCUUUAACUCAUAAUUAAUUAAUUAAUUAAUUUUACACAAUUUAUGAAAAUUAAAAAAAAAUUCCCGGAGAGCUCUAACGAAAUAUUCAUUAAGCGAUAGAAAAAUUGAACUGCUCUAUUCUCUUCUAUUUUAGCCGCAUCUGCACUGAAUCCCGAAUAUCAAUCACUUCCUCGAGUUCAACGUAAUCCCCCAACUGAACUGAGUCAUAAAAAUUGUACAGGAUGGCUGGAUCAAGCGAAAGCAUUGGUCCAUUAUUUUUAAAACAAAUCAAUAAACCUUUAUACGCUGUA